AAAACACCAGUUGGUAAUACACCUGAAAAAUUCAUGUAAAAUCCUGAAUAUUUUGUAAAUAAGUCUUUGAUAACACACCUUGUUAUACAUGAUUGCGUCAAAAAUUAGCUUGGGUGUAAUAUAUCGGUGAUAAUGCAUUACCAUUCUGCUUCGGAGUUACUAUUUUGUAUUUUACUGAUACACUGUAUUCAAGUUAAUUCAACAACCAAACAACUUGAUAUAAGACACCCUAAUGGUAACAUUUUCAACGUCCUUCUUGGACUAUACAAAGUAAACCCAUUAAAAAGCUCCAAAGUCUACAAAGCGUUUUCUGAGGACAUGCUACUAGGCCGUGGCGAUAAAACGCAUAUAGUUUUAAACUUUGAAUCAGAUGAAUAUGCAAAAGAACAAAUGAAAACUAACCUUCAUGAAAUUGAGAAGAUUAUUCAUAAAAAGUCUGAAAAACCAAGAAAUCAUUUAGAAAAACCUGAAUACGACAUCAAUGAUGUAAGCACAGAGAAUUUUAAGGUAGAUAUUGUCCUUAACGAUAAAAUACUAGCCAAGGAACAAUUGAAAAAAUCCUAUCAGGACAAAGAGGAAUUUGGUUCACUUUUCGGACACAUCGGCAGUAAUGAAAUUUUUGACAACGCUUUACCGGUAACAAAACUAUUACCUAUGAACCGCAUCAAAUUUCAGAGUCGACAUGUAUCGAAGCCAAAAUUUAAUGAAUUUGAAUUAAUUAGAGAUGAUGGAAAAUUUAGUAUGCCCACCAGCACAAUGUUGGAAGUCCGUGAUAAGAAUCAGGAAGACAGUCCGGCAGAUUUAAGGUUAGAUAAAGUGCCGGACGUGGUCGUGAUAUGAAACAGGAAAAUA